AUGAAGAACGGUCUGAUAAUCAUAAACUGCAUAAUCCUCACUAUAGGAACAUGUGGAGGUCCCUUGUUAACUCGGCUCUACUACACCAAUGGUGGAAAACGAAUCUGGUUCAUGAGCUUCCUCUCAACCGCAGGCUUUCCAAUCAUCAUCAUCCCUCUCUUUUCCUCCUUCCUCAGCCGCCGCAACCGCAACCGCAACCGCAACCGCAACGGCAACAACUCCGAAAAUGCAGAGAAAACAAACCUUUUCCUCAUGGAAACUCCUCUUUUCAUAGCAUCAAUCGUUAUAGGACUGCUCACAGGACUUGACAACUACUUAUACGCAUACGGUUUAGCUUAUCUGCCAGUUUCAACAGCAUCUCUCAUAAUAGGAACUCAGUUAGCUUUCAAUGCCCUCUUUGCUUUCUUCAUGGUCAAGCAAAAGUUCACUCCCUUCUCUAUAAACGCCGUCGUUUUGCUGACGGUUGGCACGGCAGUCUUGGCCUUGCACAGCAAUGGAGACAAGCCGGCUAACGAGACCCACAGGGAUUAUGUUAUUGGGUUCUUGAUGACUGUUAUUGCAGCUGUUUUGUACGCUUUUAUAUUGCCGCUAGUUGAGCUCACUUACAAGAAAGCUAGACAAGAAAUCACUUUCCCACUUGUGCUCGAGAUUCAGAUGGUUAUGUGCAUAGCUGCUACUUGCUUCUGUAUCGUUGGCAUGAUCAUCGAUGGUGAUUUCAAGGUGAUUGCAAGAGAAGCAAGAGACUUCAAGAUCGGAGGAUCUGCGUUUUACUACACGUUGAUUGUGAUCACAGGGAUAGUGUGGCAAGGGUUCUUCUUAGGAGCCAUAGGGGUUGUAUUCUGUGCGUCGGCUCUGGCAUCUGGUGUCCUCAUCAGUGUGCUGCUUCCAGUUACCGAGGUUUUGGCCAUCGUUUGCUUCCGGGAAAAGUUUCAGGCGGACAAAGGUGUCUCUCUUUUUCUCUCCAUAUGGGGUUUUGUCUCUUACUUUUACGGCGAGUAUAAAUCUGGCAAGAAAGUUGUCGACAAACACCAGCCGCUGGAGACAGAACUGCUUUCUCUUCAAGUUAGUGAUUCUGUUGCUUAA